CCUCAGAGAGAGGGAGAGAGAGAGAAAGUGAACACAGACUGGAGCAGCUCUGUUAGUGUUUGUCUCGCCUUUUGGAAAGAAGGUGUUAUGGAUCUGCAACUUUUCCAGUGCUGGAGAGUCGCCCUGCUGCUUCUAUUGAUGCCAUGCGGGCACCAGUGUGUGUCGGUGCACAUCCUCAACAAGGAGCCGCUGCACGUCAUCCCCGGCUCCAGUCUGGUUCUGAAAGCCCGCAUCGAGCAGGGGCCCCUGGAAAAGGUCUCCAUGGUAACCUGGGAACGGGAGGAUGAAACUGGAAUUGCUCCCACUAGAGCGACACUGGCAUCAUGCCCUGGCGAAAGCUCCGAGUGCUCUGGUACGAGGCCAAACGUCCGUGUGAACGUGGAGCAGCAGGAGACGACACUUCAGAUUAAUGGAUACAGCAGAGCGGACGGCGGCGUGUACGCUGUGACUGUGACGGAUCACACGGGAGCCAAGACCACCGCUCACUGCAUCGUCAGGGAAUAUGAGGCCGUGAACCACGUCUCCGUCAGCAUCAACAUGUCUCACUCCUCGCUGGUGUGCGGCGAGGCCUGGGGGACGGACCCGCACUUCAGCUGGCUCCACGAGAGAGUCGCCAUUAGCAGGACAGUCGGAAAAGUCUCGGAAGAUGGAUCGUUGUUGUUGGUGACCAUGACCCCCAUUUGUGGCCACUUCACCUGUAUGGUUAGCAACAAGCUGGGCUACAGUUCCGCCACCUACACUGCAGGACCUUGUGAGACGGAAGGCAGAGGGACGACGGCGGCUGUCGUGUGUUUCAUUCUCCUGCUGCUGUUUGGAGGAGCGCUGGCAUUUCUGCUGUGGCGGAGACACCGGCUCAACAACAGAGGAGACAGUCUGCAUGAGCGUCUGGAAGAAACCAUCUGAAAGAAAAAAGACCCAUGGCCUCACUUCUCUUACUCUGAGGUCAAAUGAGAACAGGAAAUGGACUGAGCUGUGAGGGAGGGACCUCAUGUCCUGUGAGCGGUAUGAACUCACACGGCAGUAAAACAAUGUGAAGAGUGAGCCGCUCACUGGAAGAUAAAGAUAAGAAGUAAUGAGCUGGACGUGCCAGCAGCGUCUCUACACUUCCUCUUGCUGGGCUGUAUCUGACACUGUAUUGUAAUAGUGAGAGCACUGAUCAUUUUGUAUCGUCUAUGCUUUGUAUUUUAAACGUACUGUAUUGCUUUCAUAAUAAAACUUGUUUACAAAAUGUGAGCGAGGCUUAAAUGAUUCACUAGAAUAUGUAUCUGAAAAUAAUCAGCCUUCUUUCAACUUGAGUC